AUGGCUACGUCGCAAAACAACCAGAACAACAACGCCGGUGGAAGACCAACAGGUGCAACAGGAGGCGGGCAUCAAAGAAAUACCUGCAGGAAUUAUCAGCAGCCAGGACAUCCCCCGCAGUACAUGUUUGUCGACCUUCCCGGUGCUCUAUGUCCUCAUUGCCAGACAAGGCACCCCGCCGAAGCUGAUGGCAUCUAUCAUGCAGCUAAGCAGGUACAAGACGAUGUAGUGUGCUAUCAAGGGGCCUUUACCUGGCCAAUCUCGUCCUCUCAGCACUGGAAGCCUUCCCUGCUUUACACUUCGCAAUGCGGGGUCUUCAACCUUGAGUGA